AUGGAGGAGGGUCAAUGUUUGAUCAGGAGUAAGAGAAAGUACUCUAUGAGCUCUAGUAUUGAUGAUUCUUCUACUAAUUACCCUUCGUAUGAGGACCACUCAUGGGAAGAACAAGCCUUUGCUAAAGAUGCAGCUUGGUCUGGUUGCGUUUGGCCACCACGAUCAUAUUCUUGUACCUUUUGCAGAAGGGAAUUUAGAUCAGCACAGGCUUUAGGAGGCCAUAUGAAUGUUCACAGAAGAGAUAGAGCAAGACUAAAGCAUCCAUAUAGCCCUCAGAAUGAAAUCCUCAGUGAUGAUCUUGAAAAAACUCAACCCCAGGAUUCGGUUCAAAUAUCUUUUACUUCAUUGGGUUUUUUAUACCCAUCUUCUCUUAGUGGAUUGGCUCAUAACACUAACCCUAAUUCUGAUCCUGAUUCUCAUGUUCCUGCUUCACCUUCCAAGGUUUUAACCACAUCAGUUAACAAGAGAUGCAGAGAGAAACCCCAGAAUCAACUUUACAAUAAUUCUUCAAUUUUCAAAGGAUGUCAUGAGUCUUCCCCUUCUCUUUCCUCUAAAUCAAGGUCAAAUUUAACUCAUGACUUCAGAUUUUGUUCAACUAGGCUCGAUCUUGAAGCUAGUGUUGAAAAAAAUUUGCUGGGAUUGGAUUCUGGGUGUAGGAGUGAGGGUGACAAGGGUAAAACUGAGGUAGGGGAGAGCAUGAACUUGUUGAUGAGUCGAACUCACCCACUUGUGCAGUUCGAAAAUAAAGAGACAGAUACAAGUUUCAAGAAGAGAAAAUCAGAUGCUUCAUCCAUUCCAUUCUUCCCCAAAUCAUGUUCAGUUGAUAGGCAUCAUGUGCAGUCACAGAUGUUUGAUUUUAGCCCUAGCUCCAUAGAAGAGCUAGAUCUGGAGCUAAGGCUCGGUUACAGGUCCGAGGUAUAG